GGCAGGAUACAGCCUGUAUAAAUAAACUUCACACAUCCCCGUAUUUUUGUUGCUGAGGUGUCCGUACUAUUGGAUUUUCCUUGGCUAAUGUUAUGCAAAGAUGAACCAUCAAUUUGGAAAAUGUUUACUUUUGUUGUUUUUAUUUUGUGGCAAUUUUGCGUUUGAAAGUGACUUGAGCUAUCUAAAAGCUUUUGAUGAUUCUAUAAUCUACCGAUUGGCAUGGGAAAAAGAAAACGAAAAUUUACUACAAGAAGCCGAGAGUCUUCCAACAGUGACAAUGGUUACUGCAAGAAAAGAGAAAUAUGUUUGCAGCAUUCCAAAAUUGUUGGAAACAAAAGAAGAAGAAGUUCCAAUCUACGAAGGACCAAAUCCAUUGCAACUAUUAGCACCCCUGUUUACGCAGAUGUCAUGCUCAUACAGACUGGAAACUUUCUGGACUUAUGAACUGUGCCAUGGAAGAUAUAUCAGACAGUACCAUGAAGAAAGGGAUGGAAAAAAAGUCAAACUUCAAGAAUAUUAUCUGGGAAAAUUUGAUAAGGAGAAAAUGGACCGUCAAAGCGCUGAAAUCGAUGCGGAGAUAAAAAAUGGAGAAAGGCAAGAAGUGCCAGUGAGAAAAAUAGAAGGGCUCUCGUUGCCGUAUUUGCUUGUCACCAUGGACAGUGGAACACUAUGCGAUCUUAACGGGAAGCCCCGUAUGACGCGAGUUUACUAUGUGUGUUAUCCAGCUGGAAAACACGAAAUUUUUUCUCUAGAAGAAGCAUCAAGUUGUGAAUAUGAAAUAGUAGUGUUGACACCUCAUCUCUGUCAGCAUCCAGAUUAUAGAGCCAAAGAAACAGAAGAAAAUAAAAUUAAUUGUUGGGCAGUAGAAGGUUCCCCGAAAAAGCCUUCGUCUCUGCUUGAGAUAGAAGCCGAAAGUCUAAUGAUGCAGCAACAACAGAAUCUGCUGGAGUCGUUGGGACUCUCCGAUUCCAAAUUUAAGGUUGAAUUUCGUCAAGUGGAAGAUUCUACUGGGCAAGGUCAAAAGCAAACGAUGGCUUUUAUAACGCCUUCUGGUGGCGGAACUAGUGGCCUAUCCGCUAAUAAUAAAGAAUUUAGUUCAGAUCAGAAAAGCUCAGGAACUUUGAAAGAUGGUGACACUGGCCCACGUCUGCAGCCGCCGCCGACGCUUCCUCCCCAGCCAGUGUUUGAUCCUAAACUAGUCGAUGAUUUUUUAGCGGGAGAGUAUUGCCUUAAUGGGGGAACAGGAUGGUGGAAGUAUGAGUUCUGCUAUGGGAAAAGAGCCGACCAGUACCACGAAGAAAAAGAUGGUUCUAGAACAUCAAUUCGCCUAGGUGUGUUCAAUAAAGAGAAACACCUUGCCUGGUUGGAUGAAAAUCCAUCGAAACGCCCGAAAGCGGUAACUGGAAGGAAGCAAGUGUCGCACAUGUACAGUGACGGAGGUUAUUGUGAAAUGACAGAUUCUCGCAGGCGAGUGGAGGUCAAGCUCAAAUGCAAAGAGAUUUCUCAGUCGGAAAAUCAACAGCAGUCGUUCAGUCACUCGAUGAAUGCCGUGUCGCUCUACCUUUUGGAACCGCAACCUUGCGAAUACGUUCUAGGCGUCGAAGCUCCGUUUCUUUGCCCGUUAAUUGAGGCCGCUGACGCCAAUGGACUUAUUCAAUUAGAUGACGUAAAAAUGGCAAAUACUGGCAAAACUACGUCGCCAGAAGAUCAGUAAAUACGUGUGUUGAUACCUGAGGGGAAAAAGUCCGUGCCGUUUUAAAAAAAUACACAUUCCAUGAAUGGUA